ACCAAAACUAUGUAAUUUUAAUAAAUACUUAUUCAUUUCUGUUUCAAAACUAACAGCUCUUUAACAUAAAUGGUAAAUUAGCAAACAAAUAAUCAGUGGAGGAUGAGGGAAAUUUGAUGAAAGCUCUCGAUGCAGUAUUCUCCCUUGUCUUUGACGUUAAUUAAAAAGGGAUACCUUGCUUAGCUGCUUCUCCGUGAGAGAAGCAUGCCAACCUUCUUUGCUACAUUAAAUGAAAGAAUCAAAAGAAACAUAGCCAUCACAUGAAGAGUAGUGGUAACAAAUGAUCCAUGACACUGCUACUGUUAUCGUUCGUGGUAAUUCUUAUCUUGGUGGUGGCGGUUGCAGCCUUCACAGACCAAGCCCUUACCAAGAGAUGGCCAUGGUCAUGGAAGUGGCACCUUGUUCCUGCUUUGAGAAAGUCUUCUUUCAGGUCAUUCGGUGGUGCAAUUUCCUCUGAUUGGUAUGUGGCAUCAUAUUCACAUGCAAAUUUCUGUCUCAAAAAAGGCUAAGAUGCACUAAGUUCUGCUGCGCUAUAGCAGUUCAUCCUUCCCUGAUGGAGGAUAUGGUAGCUCUGAACUAAAUGAGCAUGAUUUGAGGCAGUUGAUGUCCCACAUUAAUGAGACAGAUGGGGGUCCUCAAUGGCUGCUGAUGAUGAAGAGCUCCACCCCAACCUUGGAAUACCAAGCUUGGUAUAGGGAUCCACAGGUACCUGCAUUUUUUCCCUGUUAAAUAAACACAACUAUAUAUCCAUUCACCAUGUCCAAUGUUUCUAUGUAUUACUUCAAUUUGCAAACACAGACAGGUCCUACUCAGUAUCGCACCAGAACAGUAUUUCAUAACAUUGAGACAGAUGUAUUAAGGGACUUCUUCUGGGAUGAUGAAUAUAGAAAACAGUGGGAUGGCAUGCUGAUCUACUUCAAGACAUUACAAAUUUACCCUCAGACUGGCACAAUGAUCGUUCAUUGGAUUAGAAAGGUGUAGUUUUCUUCAUGAAUCAGAGAGUUGCUAUAUACUAAUAUUAACAAGAACUCACACAUUACACCUGCCACAGUUACCUCUAAUUUCCAGUGAAAGAGAAUAUGUUAUGAUUCGCCGCAUUUGGGAACAUGAAUCCACAUACUACUGUUUAGCAAAG